AUCAAAACUUAACUUACCUUAGAUUUUAAUUCAUUGUAUUUGAUUUUUCCCUCCUAAGGAAACAUUUAAGGAAAAUUAUUAGAAAAAAAACUUUUGGAUUUAUUUUAGAUCGCUAAAUUUACUGUUUUGGAACAUAAGUGUACUAUAUUUUGGAACGUGUGUGCCAAUACAUAAUUCGCUAGGGUAUUAGCGUUUUCUGGUAACAUAGGUGUGGAGAGGUGGGUUUGCUUAGCCAAACAGGGAAAAAAUGGAUGUAUGUUGAUGGAGAAUCAAAAGAAGGCAUAAGAUUAGCUUCUCUUCCUAUUUAUGUGUGCGUGCGCACAUGCAUGCAUGUACAAGUUCAAAUUGAUACUUUUCUGGGUUUCUUUUCCAAGAUUUCAAUACUCUGUGCCUGCGUGUGUGCGCUCAACAUUGUGCAUUGUUAUCAUCAGGCAUCAACGUUCACUGUGGCAGUGAUUAUCAUCAUCUUCAUGAAUCAAUUUUUUUUUUUCUUCUCUUUUAAUGUAAAGCAAUAUUCAAAAGGAAGCAGAUUGAAGACAUAUGUUACCUCUCAAAGAACACGAAGAACUGGAAAACAAUACAUUAUAAAAUCUAUCAGACUAGCCAAAGAGUUAGCCAGCUAAUUUACAAAAUUACUACAAAGCUUCAUAACUGAUAAUCUUUAUUAUUGGCCUCUAGAGGUUGGAAAAACAAUUUAUUGAUGGCAUCUGCAUUAAUUACACACACACACACACACACACACACACACACACACAGAAAAACAGAUCAUGCAGAUGAUGGUGAUGAUGAGCUGCCGCUUCUUUGCCGUGAUUUCAAUCGCCGUCUUCCUCUCUGUAGCUGCUGCCGGAGACUCUUCUAAUGAUAUACCAAAUGAGUGUGUAUACACACUUUAUGUACAAACAGGCUCAGGCAUCAAAUCAGGAACAGACUCGACGAUUAGUAUGACUUUAGGCGACUCAAGUGGCCGAUCAGUGUGGAUCCCAAAUUUGGAAUUGUGGGGCUUAAUGGGCCGCAACCAUGACUACUUUGAGAUGGGAGACCUCGACAUCUUCAGUGGGCGAGGCCCAUGCAUCGGUGGCCCAUUGUGCCACCUCAACCUCACCUCCGAUGGGUCAGGGGCCCAUCACGGUUGGUUUUGCGAGUACAUUGAGGUCACUUCUACUGGGCCUCACAAGGAGUGUAGCCAGACCAUCUUCUACGUUGAUCGGUGGCUCGCCACCGAUGCUCCGCCCUUUGAUUUGACGGUUGUGCUGGAUGGGUGUUUGAAGGAUGAUGGUCCGCGGAAGCAUGGGGAAACUGGGGCUUUUGUUGUUGGUAAGCAGCAGCAGCAGCCCAUUGGGUCUGCUUCAGAAUGAUGUGGGCUUUAUAGGAAUGCAAACUUUGAGAGCAUUUUUUUGUUUUUUUGUUGGGUUUUGUUUUUGCGCUAUGCUAAGAUCAUCAAAUGAAUCGUGAAAGAGUUCACUAAAAAUGCAAUAGAUGCAUGGGAUUAAAUUCAGUUAUGGUGGUUCUACAUUCAAAAUAAAUUUAAGUCUAUCAAUAGAUUUUUUGUGAUUCAUUCUA